UAUAAGAAAAUAUUUUGACUUAUCGGUCUUUAGAAUUAAACGACGAAAUAAGUAAUAAAUAAGUAAUAAAGUUUUAGAUCAAGUACAAUUUCGAGAACAAUGUAGAUUUAACACCGGUGCAACCGGUAGGAAGACGUCAUUAGGAACCAUGACAAUCUACGUACCGUGACAGGACCGACUAUUUGUCCUCUGGCCGUAACAAUCCGUUUUAGUAGCUCGCGAAGAAUAUCCAAGAUCACGACAGAGCCACAAGCUCUUCCUUCUUCGAGGUGAAGCGAAAAUAUCCGAAUCAUUGUCAAAAGUUACAUCUCGUAUAUUAUUCUAUAUUGUUCAUAUAUUGUUCUUCAGAUGACGUUCAAGUCUUUAAUGAACUUUGGAAAUUACGCCAAGGGUCCUUAUCAUCCAGCGACGGACAGAUAUCACGGUAGUUCCGGCGGUUUCCAUCAUAGCGGAUCUGCUGGCUAUUACCAUGGUUCGCGAGGAAGCAACAAGGGUAAAGGCGGAAGCGGAGCAGCGUUGAGCGCGUUGACCUUAUUAGCCUUUCUGUUCCUUAUAAACGUGAUGCAGCAAUCCAUGCAAGAUACUAAUACGAUGACAACACCUUCGACAUCUACGGUAGUGUUGAGAAACGGUGACGAUCAACCGGUGGUGGUAGAUGCAAAAGAGGAGAAGGAGAACAAGAAGAGGGACGAGGUGAAGCACGACGGUAUCUACGGGGUAUCGAUAAAAUCCAAGAUCCAAAGGCUUAACAGUCAAUAUAUUAAUUAAAUGAAAGUGAUUUGUACACAAUGAUUCGUACAAGAUGAACGGUAAUUCACAUAGACAGGAUGAAGAAAUUAGUUGAAACUUUCUUUCGUACCGGUAUAACGAUCCAUCCUGAAGGAUCAUCAAUUUUAUUAAGAUAAUAUUCAUUUGAAUAAUUCUGUAACAAUUCCUUAAAACGGAUGUGCUUCGAAAUAUCGUAUAUGUAUAUGUAUACACUUUGUAUUUUCUUUUAUUUCUUUCUGUUUCUUUGUGUGUGUGAUUUCCUUUCUUCACUCACUCUCUCUGUCUCUCUCUCUCUCUUUCUCUCUAUACUUAUAUUUAUAUCUUGUUUGUAAGUUAUAUAGUAGCAGUAUAAUUCCUUCGAGAAUAAACAUACAUAUAUAUACAGCGAAAAAAAUCUUGGAUUUCUUUUUGUCAUUCGUUUUUUACGCGAACGAAGAUACGGAUCGAACUUCCGUUGAUUUCACGCACAACUCAGUCAAAAGAUAUAAUGUAUUAUAUAUAUAUAUAUAUUUUUUUUUUUUGUUAUAUUUAUAAGAAUAGACUCUAUAGGUAUAAUUUAAUGCUAUUUAUGAGAAAAUAACAGGCUUAGAGCCGUCCACGACGAAGCUUUCUUCUUUUUUACGGACUUCUUUUCUUCGAAUCUUUUCUUUUUUGUAUUAUUCAUCCUCUUUGUUUUUCUAUCGACCUUUCUCCUCGUCGCUCUGAAACUUAGCUUACAUUUCGAUCGUGUGUGUGCUUGCUUGUAAUUGCGUGUAUAUUUUGAAAAUACACAAUUUAAUUAAGAAUUAAAUUUGAUCAAUAUCCUGUUUAAAUUGUAUGAACUGUA